GCAAUAAUACCAAUUAAUAUUGCAAAAUUUUUUAUCCCACCUUCGCAAGCACCUACGUGAUGGAAAGUGUUCAAACUAUGGACGGCUUUUCUUGCUUGAUACCCAAGCCAAUUCAACUGUAUAUAAAGUUAACCAAGGUCAUGGCUUCGAUAGGAUUUGGUACUAGUCUCGCCGAAGCAUACACGAUUCGGAAGAUGUAUAAGGAGAAGAUGAAGAAGAUGGAACAAGAAGAAGGAGAACGAAAAGAAGACGGGAAGAGCAGCAACAUGAAGAUUAAUAAUACAAUCACAACCAACAGAGUUCCGAAGGACGAAAUUUCUUCAAGUGGGUGUUUCUCAUGGGUUUCCAACAAGCAACAACGCAAGAAAAACUCACGGAUAUCUGAUUCAAAUGAUGAAUAAUGAAUCUGCUACUGUUUGGUUCAUAUUUUGAGAUCCGUUUCAUUUUGUGCUACCUUGUCAAGCAUAUAACAAUAACUGGUUAUUUCUAUUUGUCAUCUUUAUUUAUUGAUCCUAAUUAAUUAUUUUAUUAUGUAAA